AUGCUUUUAUUAAAUCUUUCUCUGAGUGUUGAACAUAUCUUUUCUUUUUCUUUAUUCUUGUCUUUCUUUUUAUUACUUUUUUGUUUUUUCUUUUCUUUUUUUACUUCUUUGUUUUUUCUUUCUUUGUUUUUUCUUUCUUUGUUUUUUCUUUUCUUUCUUUGUUUUUUCUUUUCUUUCUUUGUUUUUUUCCUUUUCUUUCUUUGUUUUUUCUUUUCUUUCUUUGUUUUUUCUUUUCUUUCUUUGUUCUCUCUUUUCUUUCUUUGUUCUCUCUUUUCUUUCUUUGUUCUCUCUUUUCUUUUUUGUUUUUUCUUUUCUUUGUUCUGUCUUUUCUUCUUUGUUCUCUCUUUUCUUUGUUGCUUUUCUUUUCUUUUCUUUCUUUUCUUUUUCUUUUCAUUCUUUUCUUUUCUUUUUCUUUCUUUUUUCUUUUUCUUUUUUCUUUGUUUUUCAUUUUUCUCUUUUCUUUCUUUUUUCUUUGUUUUUCAUUUUUCUCUUUUCUUUCUCUUUUCUUUCUUUUUUCUUUCUUUUCUUUCUUUCAUUUUCUUUUCUUUCUUUUUUCUUUUCUCUCUUCGCUUUUUAAUAAAAGCAAAAUUCCAGACUGUAAGCUAUUUCUACAAACUUCAGAUUUUUGUUUACUCAGCCCACCCAUCAUCACCCUUACUUCCUUGUGUUGAAUUCUCCCCCCCGCCGUCCCAUAGUUUAUUUCACAUGGCCUUUUUAUGA